AUGAGGCAGCCGAGGGUACUUGGGGAGGCUACAGGAUUUGGCGCUAGAGAUGCAGAAGGAUCAGCUGGUAUGACAGAGUUCCAGGUUGGUCAGCAAUUUCAGGAUAAGGAGGAUGCCCUGUUAAGUGUGAAGACUUACAGCAUCCGUCGAGGUGUACAGUACAAGGUUGUGGAGUCUGAUUAUCGCCGUUACGUUGGCAAGUGUUCUGAGUUCGGAAAUGGGUGCACAUGGUUGAUUCGGCUGAGUCUCAGUUCUUCGGACUACCCUGUUCGAGUUGGGAGACAACUGGACGAAUCUCAGGCUUAUUUUCACAGACUGUUCUGGACUUUUUCACCGUGUAUCGAGACAUUUCGUCAUUGCAAGCCGUUGGUUAGUAUUGAUGGGACGCAUCUAUAUGGCAAGUAUGGGGGUACUCUGCUUGUUGCAAUUGCACAGGACGGGAACUCCAACAUACUCCCUGUUGCAUUCGCACUAGUCGAGGCAGCAAAUUUUGCCCUCACCUUCAAGGGUAAAGACGCAAGGAGGCUUCUCGUUAACGCUGCCUAUGCUAAGACGGAGGUUGAGUUCGAUUACUGGUUUGAUAUUCUUCGCUCGGAAGAUCCGACGAUGUGUGAUUGGGCAAACCGGAUUGAGUAUUCAUUGUGGACACAGUAUUGCGAUGAGGGCCGGAGAUUCGGUCACAUGACGACUAAUAUAUCUGAGUGUGUGAAUUCAAUCCUCAAGGGUGUGAGGAACCUUCUUGUAUGCUCCUUGGUGAAAGCAACGUAUGGUCGGUUGGCCGAACUUUUUGUACGCAAGGGGAGAGAGGCAGAGGCCCAGCUGGGUAUUGGACAACAAUUCAGUCAACACCUUGUUAAAUGUAUCGAGACCAACUUGAAGACGGCAAGGUGCUUCACAGUUACUUUGUAUGACAGAGACAACUCCGAGUACACGGUCGCAGAGACCACUCUUACUGGUUCUUUCUCCCUUGGUAUCUACAGGGUCUCACUCGGAUCUCAGACAUGUGACUGCGGAUACUUCCAGGCACUUCAUUUCCCUUGUCCGCACGCACUGGCAUGUUGUGCCUACUCACGAGUCACUUGGCACUCCUACGUCCACCCUGUCUAUCGACUCAGUAACGUUUUUAGUGUUUAUCAGAUGGGAUUCAGACCUCCAAUCCCAGAGGGUUUCUGGCCACCAUAUGAUGGACCGACGGUGAUACCGGACCCGAACAAGAGGCGUGCAAGGGAGGGUCGUCCCAGGUCUACUCGGAUACGGACGAACAUGGACGAGGCAGAUCCAAACCGGCCUAAGAGAUGCGGCUUAUGUCGGCAACCCGGACACACUCGUCAGAGCUGCCCACAGGUCGGAGGUAGCCAAGGUAUACAGUCAUAG